AUGACCAUCCACUCCCAGAACGAAGUUUUGAUGUGCAAGGUUUUCCUGUCCAGCCUAGGACUUGUAGUGAUGAGGUGGUUCAAUGGCUUGAAGACGAACUCCAUAGAUUCCUAUAAGCAGCUUAUCCAAGCCUUUGGCUCUCGCUUCAUUACGAAUAGCAGGGUUCCUCGGCCUCUAAGUUCGUUGUUGUCAUUAUCCAUGCAUGAGGGAGAAACUCUAAAAGCAUACUCGGACAAAUAUUGGGAAAUGUAUAAUGAGACGAACGGUAACUUUGAUGACAUUGCCAUCAGCACUUUUAAAAGUGGUCUCCCAACCGAGCACGGCUUGAGGAAAUCCUUAAUUGGCAAGCCUGUCACCAGUGUACGUCAACUUAUGGACCGGAUUGACAAAUACAAAAGAGUGGAAGAGGACCAGAUGCAAGGGAAAGGAAAGGACAAGGUUAUCUCUCAAAAGAGGAGUGAUUUUAGGUUGGAUCGAUACAACAAUAACCAUCCAAGGAGAGAUUUCACAGGGCAAUCCGGAUCAACCAACACGCAGAUGGUUAACGCCGUAUUCAGAGAAUUGGUACAUCAGGUUUUAGAGAAAAUCAAGAAUGAGUCAUUCUUCAAGUGGUCGAAUAAGAUGGCUGGAGACUCCAUGAAGUGCAAUUAG